CCGGCUCCUAUUUAUGCUCCCGUUUCCUGCCCCACUCAUCUCAUCUCACCAACGCUCCAAACCAAAGCUAUCACCUGAGCACAGCAAAGCGACGCAGCAGCCAGCAGGCAGCAUUCCGAUCGAUCCAGGAGCUCUGAAUUCCGGUGCGCGUGCAAUGGCGGCGGGUAAGGCGGCGUUGAGGAAGCCGUCGUUCGGGACCCGGGCGUGGCGGCUGCUGCAGCUGGCGGUGUUCUGGGCGCGCAGGGGUAGCGCGGCUCACAGCCUGCGCUUCCUCAGGACGCUCCGACGCAGAGGCCUCGGCGGCGCGCGCGUCGACCGGCUCCGCUACGGCGAGCGCGAGUUCUCCAUCGACGAGACGCCAGCGUUCCGGUUCCGCACCCCCUCCGCGCGCGUGCUCCGCCUCAUCCCCUGCAUCGCCCCGGCUGUCCCGGACACCCCGGGACUCUACGACGACGGCCGCUACUUCUUCUGCGCUGCGCGGGAGAGGGAAGAGGUCGUCGACGCCGGGUACCACUACGGCGCCGACCAGGGUAGCGGGUGCGAAGACGACGAGGAGAGCUCCGCCGACCAGGAGCAGCUGCUGGAGCGCGCAAUGGCGGAGGAGGGCGGCGGGGACGCCGGGGUGGACGUGAAGGCGGAGGAGUUCAUCGCCAGGUUCUACGCGCAGAUGAAGCUGCAGCGCCAGAUCUCCUGGCUGCAGUACAACGAGAUGAUGGAGAGGAGCAUCAGCUAGAUUGAUUCUUUGAUUUGUACUUCAGGAGUAGCUUACCAGUAUUCGAUCGGUUAUAAAUACAAAUAAUUUUAAAUAAGACAUAGUCUUUAAUACAUAAUUUUAAUAAUUAUUUUCCAUUAAAAUAUAUUUAUAAAAUAUAUUAAAUUUGUAAUAUUAUUAAAAUAUUUUUUAAGAUAAAUCUACCUAUAUGAUUUUAAGAUUUGCAAAACAAGUUUUUUAAAACUAUUGUUUAUCAAAAUUUUAAAUAUUUGACAGAAUAUUUUUCAAAACGACAUAUAUUGAGUAGCAGUUGUUUUGAGCUCUAGUUCAAUUAUACAUAUACAUGCACAGCUCCUGUAUACAGAAUUAUUCUCUUAUUAUAUACAUAAUACAUAUUUCUUCUUGAAUCCGUGUCCGAUUUGGUUUAUUUGGUUGUUAGGUGCACGCUUGUUUGUGCAUUUGAGGAUGUAUGAUUAGGCCGCUAGAUUGAUUGGUUUGAGGGUGUUCGCCUUUCGGUUGUACAAAUGUACAGGACAUGCAGGCUUCAGGUAGCUGAAUGAUGCUUCCUCUUAUUA